GUGCGCGCGCCACUCUAUCGCGUGGUGGGGGAUCAUCCAUAUUGCUGCUAGUGCUGAAGAUAAGGUUUAAUCCUGAGCGGUUGUUUCUGUGUUUUUAUAUGUUUUAACUCGGUGCCGACUCUUCCGCGGCUUAGGCUCGAGCUCCUGCGGUCUGGGAGCCACAGAGGAGCGGUAGACUCCGCGGUUCAGCUCGACAUUUUUCCCUGAAUUGAAGCCACAUUAGGGCCGGCGGGGGGAGGACUUGUAAUCCUGAAGGGGGGAAGAAAGACGGUGGUGGGAAAUGGCCACUCAGGUGGAGACUCUCCUGCCCGGCAACCCGCUUGCCAAAGCCGAGGGGCACGGUAAAGUGAUUCGCAGUGAGCCGGAGAAGAAGGAGGGCGGCCGGUGCGACGGGACGAAGCGGCAGGCGGCUGUCACCGACUGCAGCCCUGGGCAGGGAGGAACCACCACCACCGGCGGCGGCGGCGCGGGGGAGCAGACCUCCAAACAGGCGGUAGAGCAGAGCAAAGGCGGCGGUGACAGCGACGAGCAAACGAGCGACGAAGGGGGCAAAGAAAGCGACAAGAAGGAGUUCACGGAGGCUCCCCCGCCCAAGGUGAACCCGUGGACCCGGAAAGUGACGGCGGUGACGGUGGUCAGCGUGAACGGACAGGCAGCGCUCGAGCCGAGCGGCCCCGCCAAGGUGGUGCGAGCAGGGAAUCCGCCCAAACCCCGGCGUGGAGGAAAGGUUGGAGACUUUGGCGACACAAACAGCUGGCCGACUCCUGGAGAGAUCGCAACUAAAGACAUGCAGAUGGAGGCAGAGACACGGACCGUGUCCUGCCCGCCGACUGUCAGGCAGGUCAGAGACUCAUGGAGAAUCAGUGGUCCUAAAAAGACCAACGCCAAGAAGGACUCCAAGGAGAAGAGGGAGAGCAACGAGGAGAGCAAGGAGAACCUGAAGGCCAAGUCGGACGAUUCGGGAGAGGAGAAGAACGCAGACGCGUCUCAGAAAAACGGCCCAAAGAAGAAAGCAAACAAGCAGAAGUGGGUUCCUCUGAUGAUCGAGGUGAAGUCCGAGGGUCCCAGAGAACGCUCCGCCUCCAGGAACAACAGCAGGCAGAACGAGAACCCCCGCCUACCUCCCAACGCUCGCAACGACCUCAGAGACUGGCACAGUCAGAAGCACGAACGGGAGUGGCACGACGACCACGAUGAGGUGUCCAGCGUGAAGAGCGAGGGGGCGCCGUUCCGGGGUGGGUUCAGAGGUCGUGGACGCGGACGGGGAAGAGGCCGGGGCCGAGGAAGAGGAGGAGGCAGAGGUCACUACGACUACCACUGCACCUACAAGUCCUACGACGGGAAGGACGGCUCCUACAGCCAGAAGUUUGGCAACUCCGUCACGUACUACUACGACAACAUGAGCAGCGCUGAGCUGUACUCUGUGGACCAGGACCUGCUGAAGGACUACAUCAAGAGACAGAUAGAGUACUACUUCAGCUUGGAGAACCUGGAGCGGGACUUCUUCUUGAGGAGGAAGAUGGAUCAGGAGGGCUUCCUGCCCAUCAGCCUCAUCGCCAGCUUUCACCGAGUGCAGGCCCUCACCACAGACGUCAGCGUCAUCCUGGAGGCUCUCAAGGACAGUAAGGAGGUGGAGGUGAUCGACCUGAAGAUCCGCAGGAAGGAGGACCCAGAGAAGUGGCCUCUGCCCGGCCUGAGUUUACCCAACAACACGCACACAGACUUCUCCCAGCUCAUCAACUGUCCCGAGUUCAUCCCGAGGCAGAUGACUGGGGAUCCGAGAGGCUCCUCCAGAGGAUCCUCUCCAGUGCGGGCCAAGCCUGACCCAGACACCUCCAACCUCAAAUCCAUGCCCAAGGGCCUCUCUGCCAGCCUCCCUGACCUGGACUCUGAGUCCUGGAUCGAGGUGAAGAAGAGGCCCCGACCGUCUCCCGCCAGACCCAAGGCCCCUUCGGUGCAGCAGCAGAAGGAAAAAGACGAAGUGGUUCGAUCCCCGGUUCCCCCGCCCGGCUCCUCGCCGUCCCGCACUACCUCAGGAAACAAGGACGGAGCCGAGCAGGACGAACCAGAGGAGCUGGACUUCAUGUUCGACGAAGAGAUGGAGCAGAUGGACGGACGCCGCAACACCUUCACCGACUGGUCAGACGAAGAGACGGACGGCGAGCUGGAUGACCAGGACGUCAACAAGAUCCUGAUCGUCACGCAGACGCCGCCCUACCUGCGGAAGCACCCAGGCGGCGACCGCACCGGACACCACACGUCGCGCGCCAAGCUGACCAACGAGCUGGUCAAGGUCAUCAACGACGGGCUCUUCUACUACGAGCAGGACCUGUGGGACGCCCCCUAUGAGCCGGAGUACGCCACCAUCAAGCAAGAGGUGGAGAACUUCAAGAAGGUCCACCUGAUCAGCCGGGAGCAGUUCGACUGCCUGACCCCAGAACCCCCCGUCGACCCCAACCAGGAAGUCCCCCCCGGACCCCCGCGCCCCCAGCAGAUCCCCACAGAUGCUUUGGCAAACAAACUUUUCGGCGCCCCUGAACCCUCCUCAAUGGCCCGCUCGCUACCCACAACCGUGCCUGACUCGCCAAACUACCGGACGCCGCGGACUCCUCGCACGCCGCAUCGUAAGGACCCCACCAUGACGCCUCGCUUCUACCCGGUGGUGAAGGAGAGCCGGCCUGUCGACGCCAAGACUCCCAGGAAGAGGAAGACCAGGCACAGCUCCAACCCCCCCAUGGAGUGCCACGUGGGCUGGGUGAUGGACUCCAGAGAGCACCGGUCCCGCACCGCCUCUGUCAGCUCCAACGCCAGCCCGUCAGAGGGCACCCCCGUCAUGGGCAACAUCGGCUGCACGCCUCAGUCCCUCCCCAAGUUCCAGCACCCGUCGCACGAGCUCCUGAAGGAGAACGGCUUCACGCAACACGUCUACCACAAAUACCGCCGGCGCUGCCUGAACGAGCGGAAGCGGCUGGGAAUCGGCCAGUCGCAGGAAAUGAACACGCUCUUCCGCUUCUGGUCGUUCUUCCUGAGGGAUCACUUCAACAGGAAGAUGUACGAGGAGUUCCGACAGCUGGCGCUGGAGGACGGGAAAGAAGGUUACAGGUAUGGUCUGGAGUGCUUGUUCAGGUACUUCAGCUACGGGCUGGAGAAGAAGUUCAGGCCGGACAUCUUUAAGAACUUCCAGGAGGAGACCAUCAGAGACUACGAGGCCGGCCAGCUUUACGGGCUGGAGAAGUUCUGGGCGUUCCUCAAAUACUCCAAAACAAAGACCUUGGAGAUUGAGCCCAAACUCCAGGAGCACCUGAAGAAGUUCAAACGCCUGGAGGAUUUUAGGAUUGAUCCCCCGAUGGAGGACGGAGGCCGCCGGAGACACCCGUCCAGCGGGGAAGGUCGACGCCGAAACCCCUCCCAGUCUUCCAGCCGGCCCCACAGCCAGGCGGGGGCUCAUGGCCCCGCUGCCAAGGAGGAUCCAAAGCCCAGCGGCCAGAAAGCCCCCGCCCCCAUCGCCGAGCCAGACGCCAAAACGCUGAAAUAACCAGCAGAAAGUCACCAGCCUCCAUGGAUCAGCUCAACCACGGCUGGGAGCCCACGGCUCUUUGUGCGCCACAGGAGGGGAGGGGGGGCUCCUCACUCACGCAUGACACCCCCGCCUGGCAGCAUCGCUGAUAGAAAUCCUUUUUGUCAUGUUUUGCUUUUAGAACUUCCUAAAUCAGACAAGAGUUAAAGGAUCACAGUUUCUCCUCCAGCAGCUCAGCGGCUGCUUCCUUUUUUCCUUUUACUUUUCUUCUUCAGUCUGAGGCCCCCAGCCCUCGGUCUUUGGGACCCCCUCCUCUUCUAUCAUCUGUCCUGCUGGUUGAAACUGUUUGGUUCCCCUACCAGAUGUUGGAUUACCGAUUUGCUCAUCAGUGUGGGGAGGAGUACUUGAAAGCCCCCCCCCCUCCGCUGGAGGCGCCCCGCCCUCAGCAUCCAACUGGACCAAAGUGGUGUGAAGCCAGGUGCUGUGUGUCAGGGGCCGAAAAAAAAACGCAUUUCAUUUACUUUGUGGACGGGGGAAACCAGAAAACAACCAAAAUAGAAAAAAAAGACUUGUUUAAACCCCGCGCCAUGAUGGACAAGCAGAUUUGAGAGUUGCCUUAUUUAAUGGUUUUAGUGCUUCUAAGUCUCUGCAGCAUCAGUUCCCACAGCUGCCACUAGAUGGCGCGUUUCUGCCAAACCUCCCUCCUUCCCAAGUCUCCACAGGUCUUCCAAACAGAAGUCUGUUACGUCCACAAGCUCCCUCUGUGGGGCAGCUUGGGGCUUUUUUUUUUGUUGUUUUUGAAAACGGAUCUUCCCUGUGACCCCCCACCCCCCCACCCCACCCCAGGAGGACACAAGGCAUCCAUCCAUCAUCCAUCCAUUCAUCCAUCCAUCCAUCCGUCAGCAGUGCUUUGGGGACUGGAAUUUUCAAUCUGAAGUACUUGAAGAGUGGAUGGUGGCGAUCAGCUGCUGUCAUUUACAGGCGUGAACACUAACGGUGUGGUCAGGUACAGGCGCCGGCACGAAUCCCAGACCCCAUUCUGUGGUCUUUUUUCAUCCGAGUCGUCCCACGUUCUGGAGGAAAAUCCUCCCGACUCCUAAACUGAUGUCAGAUCCUGUCCUCCUCCUCCUCAUGUAAAUGUGAAUUUGACCGAUGAAGAGAAACGAUCUCAACUCCCGUUUAUUGUUUAUAGAUCAGAUUCUAUAUUCGCCUUAUAUGUGUACGAAUUUUUUUUCUUUCUUUGUUUAAAAUCUUUUAUUGCUUUUUAAUUUCCGCUUGCUGUGUUUCUAGUGCUGUUAUGCUGGAGGCCAGGUUUGAACUCAAACAUCCGGACGUGCUUUUCACACAAAAGGGAAUUCGGGGAGUCGGCAGGUCUUUGAAAAAACAGAAAAGAUGGUUUGAUAGAAGAAACCAGAGCAAACAUUUCCAGGCGAUCAAACCCUCAACCUCCAGUUUUCCCUCAGAAUGUGUGACGAGUCUGAAAAUGCACACAAGUAUUUAGUUUUGGGGGUUGAAGUUUUGGAGAAAAUCUCAAGUCUUAACGUCUGCAUUUGACGGUGCAGCUCCAAACGAAACUGUGCCUGUUCGUCUCCAGCGUUCGGCCGUCGGUCACAGAGGCGGACGGCGCCGCCGGUGUCCGGGAUUCUUCAGGUUCUGUCCUCGGCCUCCGCUUCAGAGGCAUCAGAAGUGUUUACUGGACUGCUCCUCCUGAGAAAACCCACUUUGUUCCUCUGAGCGAGCGCGGUGGACGUCUGAAUGUUUGAGCCCCUCCCUCCCUCCAUCACGCUGCUACGCGUCCGCACAGACUCUGGAAGGAGCCGGACCGGAGCGGAGCGGGAGGCCGCUCGGAGCAAACGAGGCUGUUAGGAUGUCUGGGGAUGCGAAUUCUAAAAGGACUAAUUCCAGAAAGCCAUACGAAUAAGAAACAACCAUCCUAGUUCAUCACCUUCUAUUCUAGGCUUGUCAUGAGGAAAAAAAAGACAAAAACGCAGAAAAAAGGAACAAAAAAAAUAUAUAAAAUGGAAAAAUGUAAAAUACUUGAAUGAGAUCUUGUAUAAAACAUUUAAUAUUCAUAAUAUCUGCUUUGUAGGCUGAUGUGAUUCACUUAGUGUUAUUUGUAAUUUGUAGUAAUUAUGCUUUCCUUUAAAUAAAAAAAAACAUAAAACGGACAAAAAAACCUGAAAA